UGAAUGUGAAAAUCCCAGGAGAUCAGCAGUUUAUGAAAUACUUAAACCAGCUCAUAUGGCACCAUCGACCAUGCCAAGUCACAGAGUUCACACUUUUUCCCCAUUGGGAUGUUUGAUGUGAACAUUAACUGAAGCUCUUGACCUGUAUCUGCAUGACUUUAUGCAUCAUGCUGCUGCCACAUGAUUGGCUGACUGGACAACUGCAUAAAUGGGAAAGUGCACAGGUCUUCCUAAAGUAGUUCUUAAAGUGGACAAUGAGUGUAUAUACACACAUACAUAUAGUCUUUGGGCCCUAAAUUUUGAUUUUCUUUGUGAUUACUAUGAAAAUUGGAAUCUGGAUAUCUUGUAAUGCUUGUAUCAAAAAGUGCAAAGGCAUUUAAAAAAGGGAAUGCUUUGAAAUUACAGCAAGUUCUGAGAAAAGACAUGUAGGCAGAAAGUAGAAAAUAUGUUCUGCUGUACAUUAGUGAAAAUUAAUUAACACAUCAACACAUCCUGCCCUGUUUUUAACACUACAUUGCUACUUGCUCCACUAUUACCUCUGAAACACUGAGUUAAUUGCAGAAUUAUUAUACAGCAAAAGCCGUCUACAGAUGAUCAGAAGAAAAACUGCUUUGCACUGGUGCAGCCAUUAUUUCUCUGUGGAGACAGCGGUGGCAUUUUGCCUACAGGUAAAGCUGCUCAGUGCACACAGCUUGGAUUUGACGCCUAAUUCUUCACUCAAAUUUCACUCAAUUACCACUUUGACCACAUUUAAGAUAACCAUUUCGGCUCAACCAAUAUAAUGGCGCGGUGCUGAGCGGACAUGCAUUGGAGUCCCACAGCAAACACUUACUAAAAUUCUAUCCAUUAACCCAAUAAUCUUUGAUAAAGCGAUUUCAAUUCAGACUCUGGUGCAUUACGACACAAGUCGAUCCUCCUAAAUGGAUUAAAACAACACAAAGGAUAAUAAAACUGAACUGAUUACUACAGGCAAUUCAUGGAGUACAGGGGGACCUCAAAGCUCUCACAACACAGGACACAGAAGCUGAGGAUCGCAUAAGCAAACAAGAAGAUAAGGCCUCAGAGCUGCAAAUUCAAAAUGCAAAAAUGAAAACUAUUAUCGAAUUUCUCUCUUUAAAAGUUGAUGAUCUGGAAAACUGUAGUUAUUAGUCGAACCUACGUUUAGUGGGUCUUCCAGAAAAAAGAGAGGGGAAGGAUAUGUGUGUCUUUUUAGAGAAUUGGAUCCCUGAGAUACUCGGCCCAGAAAACUUACCUGGUCCCCUUAUAAUUGAGAGGGGACAGUGAAUCAGUAGAACCACUGAAGACCGAUAUGACUCCCUGCCAAGAGCCGUGAUAAUUAAGUUUCUAAACUAAGCUACACACCAUGAGAGCAGCAAGACCAAAGGGCACAGUGAUGUUGGACAACAGAAAGCUUAUGCUCUUUUCUGUUGUCUCAGCUGAACUUCACAAGAAACAGAAACGGUUCAAUGCGGUGAAGAACAAUCUUCGGGGAUCUCAACAUCAUUGAACUAUGUUACAGCAUUUUACAUCCAGCUACUCUGUGUGUGAAAUAUAACAGAAAGCGCCAUACAUUCGACAACCCUUAAGAUGGUGAGGUUUCUGCAGGAUCUGAAGGACAGUACUCAGUAGGAUUUAAAGGAAGGUAUUUCUUAUUUGGAAUCCACUAAUUUGACUGUUGCGGGAUUUGGUUCCGGUGACCAGACAAGCUGUUCCUCACCAUGAACAGCUCGCGGGCAAGGUUCCAUAAUCAGGCUUUCUCAAGAAGCCUUUGGGGAGUGUUUAACCCUCUGGGGUCGACCAACGCGCCGGCGCGUUUUGUGGCAUCUUCUCCUGAUAACGCCGAAAAGAACUUAAAUUACUCUGUCAGUUUUGAUCGUACAGAUAAGAGCAAUACAUCUUUCGAAUCUGUAAAGGAUCUACUUUUAUUUGUAUACACUCAUAAUAACAACAAAAUGCUGUGCUUUUGUAGAAUAAAGAAAACAGACAGGGUGCGUUCUCUGUCUUCUCCGUCUCUGUCACCUCUCUUCACAGACACGUAAAUAAAACACCCUGAAUCUCAGCGAAUACUUGCCUCAAAGACAUGAGAAAUAUAUGUAUAGAAAGCUUGAGUUGUCUACUUUUAAAUUAAACAAUUCAAGUCGAAAACAAAUAAUCUCUUUUUAUAUAAUCCGUAUGAAAGUAAGGAGUGGUACAGUUUCUCCUGUCUCACCUCAAUAUCGCUAAUGUGAUCCCGCCUCGCACUGAGCGCGCUGUUCAUACGUAAACGAUCUGAGGUGAGCCAGGUAAUUAUGUACACGCCCCCGAGAAAUGGCAUAAAACGGCAAGCUUCAUCACAGAAUUUACUCACUUUUUUCUGCGCGUUUGGAUGAUGGCACGCUACACGGGUGAAGAAGCACUCCGGCUGGUUCUGGACAGCGACGAAGAGAUUACUUUCUCCUCAGAGGAAGAGCGCGACUCGGAUGACGAGCGUUUGCAUUUUGAAGAGCGAGUGGACCCAGCGGAGGAUAUCAUUCCUGACGGGACUGUGAAUACACCACUCUCGCCUUCACCUGCAUCUCGCACAGGAAGUGGAUGCAGGUAUUGUUCAGUUUUCAACUCCAUUCAGAAUCUUAUACAGCAAGUGUGCAUUCACUAUUUAACAGAUGUUACAGAUGUUAAUUUGUGAUUUAUUUACUGUAUGGUAAAAUGUUUGCUAUGUGGUAAUUGUGUUCUUUUUUUCUAUAAAUUAGUACUAGUAUCAGUGAACAUCACAAUAAUGUUAAUAAUGUAGUUUAUUUGUUUACUUAAUGCUUACUUUUUUUAUUUCAGACGUGAGAAAAACAGUGAAAAAGAACCUGUGGCAAAGAGAGCCAAAGCAGAUAAGCAGCCCACUCUGUCAUGGAACACAGAGACUGAUGUUGACAUGGCUCCACAGGCUCUGAGAUUCCUGCCCACACUGCAACCUGGACCACAGAUAGACCCAAGACCCUGUGAGGCACACACUCCCAUGAGUCUCUUCAAAAUGUUUUUUUCUUCAACUGCUGUGUCAACUCUGUGUCGAAACACCAAUGCUCAGGCUGCCAGGGCACGUGCAAAGGGCCAUAAAUAUAAAUGGACAGACGUCAGCAUCAGUGAGCUGUACUGUUACAUUGGGCUACUCUUCUACAUGGCCAUGGUGAAGUUGAGGUCCAUCAGAGACUACUGGCGGCAGGAUAGUGUUUUCUCUGUUCCUUUUCCUGCCACAAUCAUGUCAAGGGACAGAUACCGCACCAUUUCAUGGAAUCUGCACAUGAGUCACCCAGAUGCAGACAAGGACAAUGACCGAAAGAGAGGCACAGCUGAACACGACCGUCUUUUCAGGAUCAGACCCCUCAUGGACACUAUCCGGCAUGCAUGUAAGGCCAUCUAUCAUCCGAGACAAAAUUUGGCAGUGGAUGAAAGAAUGGUGGCAUGCAAAGCAAACACAGGAAUGACUAAGUACAUGAAAGCCAAACCAACCAGGUGGGGCUUCAAGUUGUUUGUUCUUGCGGACUCAUCAAAUGGAUAUACUGUAGAUUUUGCUGUGUACACAGGAAAGAACAACUUUCCCACAGGCCAUGGACUGUCAUAUGAUGCUGUGACAUCUCUGUUGGACCGUAGAGUUUUGGGCUCUGGGUACCAUGUAUACAUGGAUAAUUUUUACACUAGUCCCAAGCUUCUAACAGACUUGUUUGCUUUGAGGUUUGGUGCAUGUGGGACUUACAGAGACAACAGGAAGGAUUGCCCUCGGAAUGCAGCUAACUCACUCACCAAAAAAUCUAUGAGGGGCUCCAUCAGGUGGAUUCGAGAUGGACAUCUUGUGUUUGUGAAAUGGAUGGACACACGAGAGGUGUCUGUCUGUUCCACCAUCCAUGCUGCUCAUACAGGAGACACUGUGCAGAGGAGGGUGAAAACACAAAAUGGAUGGAGGACAAAGAGUUUUCCAUGUCCUGCACCUGUGACUGCAUACAACCAGCACAUGGGGGGUGUUGACCUGUCUGAUCAGCUGUUACAGUACUACACCACACAGCACAAAACAAUGAAGUGGUACAGAAAGCUAUUUCUACACUUCUUGGACAUUGCUGCCACCAAUGCCUUUAUUGUACACAAAGAGCUUUACGGCACCAUGAGCCACAAGGAGUUUAUGGAAGAACUAAUUGCAGAGCUCUGUGGCGUGUCACAGAAAAUAACACCAAAGCGGACCAGUGUUGACCAUGUGCCAGUUCCAGGAGCUGAGCAGGCCUCAGAUGCCACUGCUGGUCGCCAGAUCUGUGUGCUUUGCAAAGCAAAGCAUGGUAAGAGGCAGGACACUCCUUGGAAAUGCCAGGCAUGUGAUGUUCACUUGUGUGUUCAGCUGAAAAGGAACUGUUUCCUAGAGUGGCACAAAGAUGUAUAGCUGUAUAGAUGUAUAGCUGUUCAAUUCUGUGGGCUUCAAAGAGUGGGCUUUUACUAUAUUCUAAAUAAACUACAAACAAAAAAUAUAUAAAUUUCUUUUGUCCUCACAUUCUUUUUCAUAGCACUUCCCUCUCAGCCACAUUCCUGACUCAACGGCUCAUUAUGCAGGUCAUUAUGCGGGUCUUUGUCUUCUUAGGUGUCAAUCACAUUAUUAUUCGUGAUCAUUCACGCCCUCUUGCAUAUGCCCUUUCGAAACAAAAAGUGUCUUAGAAAAUUUAAAUAAGUAUAUUGUUUACUGUGAAUGAGUGAACAAGAUGAUUAUCACAUCAUUUUGAUGCAAAAAAUCUAGGCUACAAGAUCCAGUUCUCGAAAGUCUUGUGAACCAAUGUUCUGUAUGUGUUUUAUGGCCUUAUUUCAGUGACUUAAAAAUUUUAGUUUUUCACUAACCACGCAUAAAUGCUGUUUUCUCAAAAACACAAUCAUGUAUAAACAUGCUGCUCACAUAUUAUUGUAGCCCAGUUUGUGCUGAUUACAGCAUUAUCAGACUUUAGCCAUUAAUAUAUUUAAAAGCAACUGAAAAAAGCACAAAUGUAAGGGCAUGUCAAAAUUUGUCCAGGGCCCCAAAACACCCUCAGACACCAGAGGGUUAAUAGUGGAGGGGGUGAUGGUAUUUUGUUUGGGGAAAUACCGUUUUGUUGGCCUAAUGUUCUGUUUGGCUGUUAUUAUUCAUUCGCUAUGUUUCCCUUUUUUUCCCAUACCUCUUCUAGUACCAGUACACUUUACGUGACUGGUAAUAUAUCGUAAUAUGGUUUCUCUCCCUGAUAUCCAAUCCAAUCCUGAAGUCUUCCUUCAGGAAAUACAUCUAGUUCCGGGGGAUGAGGUUAUGGUGAAGAAGAGCUGGCCGAGACAAGUGUUUUCGGCCCCCUUUAACUCACAUUCUACCCUUAUACAUAAAUCUAUACCUUAACAAAUAAUUAACACAGUUAGCGACUGAUUGGGGAGGUAUAUAAUUAUUCAAGGUGAACUACCUUCUGUCAGACUAAACCUGGUGAACAUUUAUGGACCCAAUGCGGAUAAUUCUGCUUUUUAUAGAAGUUUAUUUUUAACAUUGGCAGGAUUACAAGGAUAUUUGGUUACAGGAGGGGAUUUUAAUUGCACUCUAAAUCCAGGAACAAACAGAUCAAUGGGACUGGACACCUCUCACCUACGAACUAGAAUAGAGUUAAAACAGUGUAGGCAAGAUUUUAAUUUAAUAGAUAUAUGGAGAAACAGACACCCGGAUCUUCUGACUUAUUCAUGUUACUCUAAUACUUAUAAAACUUUCUCUUGUAUAGAUUACUUUCUGAUAUCUACCGAUUUAAUCCCCAAAGUUAAGAAAUGAUGGUAUAAUAGCAUAUUAAUAUCGGAUCAUGCUGCAGUUUCAUUUACAUUAAACCUUCCUAAUUUUUAUUGUGGACCCCCGAGGUGGCGCUUAUGUGUAACUUGGCUGAGAAAUCCAAAGUUUUUGGAGAUUAUUGAUACAGAUAGAUUUUUAUUUUGAGAUAAACACAAAUCAAACCUCCGCCUCAAUUAGACGGGAAGCAUUUAGGUAUUUUUAAGCGGACGAAUGAUAAGUUACACAAAUUAUAAAUUGUGGAAGCGGGGGCGUGGUCGAGCGCUGGUUUGUGAAUGGAGAGCAGAGCCAGAGAAGGUGAGUGGUAAGGAAUGCACACCUGCAGGGAAUUCUACUAACAAGU